AAAAAAAAGAGAGCGAAAUCUGAGCCCGUGAAAGAGGAAAUGAACCAAUCGCAGAAUCCCUUGGGCAAACAACUGACUGUAGCAAGAAAAACAAGUCUUUUGAAACCAUCACUGAAGUCAGCUGCACAGAAUUAUUAUUGAAGGAAAACUUUACCUAUGCAGCUUGGCGAUCCCGGGGAUUUAUAUGGUAUCACUCGAAGCAUUUCCAUAAAUCAGGCUGAUCGGAGUUUGUUGUUGUUAAAUCCCGUCUAAAUGCUCAGAACGGUUAACAAUGGAACGCAGGAUAGAUAGUUAUUUGGAUCAGCAAGUGCCUUACACGUUUCCAAAUAAAGUGCGCGACCCUGGGAUACUGGAGCGGGCUGCUAUCGCCAGGAAGAGGAGGUACAUUGCCAGAGAUUUAACCCCGGACACAGAAGAUCUCUUCCAAGAUUUAAGUCAACUUCAAGAAGCUUGGCUUGCAGAAGCUCAGGUGCCAGACAGUGAUGAGCAGUUUGUGCCGGAUUACCACUGUGAAAGUUUGGCAUUUCACAGUCCAACACUGAAGAUCAAAAAGGAGCCACAGAGUCCCAUCUCUAACCCAAACUUGUCCUGUCGACAUAAGCAACCGUUCCCGUACAGCAAUGGGGAGCAGUGCCUUUAUGCCAGUGCCUAUGAGAAAAAGCCACAGGUUGGUCUUAACUCCCCAAAUCCUGGGAAUGCGUCGAAUCCUCCAUUACAACAAGUCUGCAACAAAUCCACGGGGAACCCGAGACAGGACCAGGGCUUUGUGAAUCUCCAUGCAUCCAACCAGCCCAUGUCCAAUGGCAGAUUCCCAAUGGACCACAGCUCACAGUUUCAACAACACUCUUUGGAGCUUUGCCAUCGCUUUCCCUCUUCACAAACCAUGAGCAGGGAAGCACCUGUGGGGUAUCAGCAGCCGAUGUCUGAGCCCUGCAUCUCGUACCCACAGCAGGGUUACAAGCAGGAGUAUCACGAUCCCAUCUACGAACAGGGAAACCCAGGUAGCGCUGGCGGCCAGCGAUUCUCCCAUUCCAUGGUCAUCAAGCAAGAACCUCCGGACUACGCGUACGACCCAGAUAUUCCUGGCUGUCCUUCCAUGUACAUGCCCAAUGAAGGCUACCGUACUCAGUCCACCAACUCCGAAGGCUUUUCAUAUGAGAAACAAAUGAGAUCUUACAGCGACGACGCAUCGGUUGUUCCUGACAAACUUGAAGGUGACAUCAAACAGGAGAUCACUACGUAUCGCGAGGGUCCUGUGUAUCAGCGCCGGGGGUCUCUGCAGCUGUGGCAGUUCCUAGUCGCCCUCCUGGACGAUCCAUCCAACUCCAACUUCAUUGCUUGGACCGGCCGAGGAAUGGAAUUCAAACUCGUUGAACCAGAGGAGGUGGCAAGACUUUGGGGAAUGCAAAAGAACAGACCUGCCAUGAACUACGACAAGCUUAGCCGUUCCCUUCGCUAUUAUUAUGAAAAGGGCAUCAUGCAAAAGGUGGCUGGCGAGCGAUACGUGUACAAGUUUGUCUGUGAGCCGGAAGCGCUCUUCUCCCUGGCGUUCCCCGACAAUCAGCGACCACUGUUGAAGUCGGAAUUUGAUCGGCACGUGAACGAGGAGGACACUGUACCCCUGUCACACCUGGAUGAGACCACCAGCUACAUGGCACACGCUGGCUGCAUCAAUUCACAGCACUACAACAAAGGAUACAUGUAUUGAUCAGGGGAACACUUGGUUUUUAAUCUCUCUAAUUGCACUGCGAUAACUAAUAGGAACCGGUAGUAAUUAUACAUUAGAGUCUGUUGCUUCAGAAGUACAUAUAACCUGGGAUAUAAAGUCAUAGCCUGUACGGUU